GUGUCAAAACUCGGACUCCAGAUCCGUUCCCCCAAAGACUUCCAAGCCGCCAAACCAGGUCUCGCCUGAACCGCCGCCGACGAAAAAGCCCGCCAAGGCCGAGCGAAGCCGAGCGUGACGUAUCCGCCUUAGCCUUUGAACGAGGUCCACAGAUUUUUCCACCCGAAAACCCGGGGAUCAAACCACAAGGGCUUCUUUCUCACCCGCGUUCUCGUGGCAGAUUGGGAGCUCUUGAGUUCGGAAGGCCAUGCUAAGCGUAACGUACACUCAGGCUGAGAGGGCUGAGAAGUCGUAACUUUGUUUGUUUGUGAGCCCAUGCACUCCAAUCCUAUGCUGAAACAUCUAUCUGCAACUCGAUGCCCUUGUGGGUUUCCUAAUUUCCUGGACUUGACGUUCGGUCGUUCGCAAAGCUCAGACUGAAUGACUUUGAAGGUUAUAUAGCUCGCCUGGCAUGUGCUUCAUGCCCGCACAGCUCCUGUUCUGAGGCGGCACUUGCAAGGAGAUCAACACGGCCGUGCUGCUUGCAGCCGCUUAGCUCUUGCGGCGUAGGGCACAUUUUUGAGCGAUGGCUGCGCGGGCGGAGGAUCAGAAGCAGGGCAAUGUGGUGCUCUAUGUUGUGGUCGGGGUCUACCUGAUAUUGCUUCUGGUCGUGGCCAAGAUCGCGCACUCCAGAAAGAAAGCGGCCACUGCGAGCGCCGGUGAGGUGCAGGCUCACUUCGGGGGCUCAUUUGGAGCGGCCACAUUGCUCCUGACGACGUUCUCAACUCUCUACUCUGGUUUUACAGUCACCGGCAUUCCCGACGAAGCAUUUGACAAGGGCUUCGUAUCUUUGAGAUGGGUCGGAGCGACUUUGGUCAUCGUGGCAGCCAUGCUGCUGCUCUAUCCCAGGCUUCGACGGUUGGCUGUGACCAGAGAGUACAAGAGCCCCAUCGACUUCGUCUCAGACAGAUAUGGCACCAUCCGCCUUCGCCUGCUCUGUGCUGCCUGCUCGGUUGUUCCCAUGAUCACCUACAUCACUGCGCAGAUGCUCUCCUUUACCGCGAUGGUGCAGGGCAUGACAUUCCAGGCGGUGAUCCCCAAGUGGGCCUGCAUCCUUUUCUUCAUAGUCCUGAUGCUGAGUCUGGAAGUGCUGGGCGGCAUGAACAGCGUGGUACUCACUGACGUGGUGCAGAGCACCGUGAUGAUCCUCUCCUUUCUGGCUGUGCCGUUCUUCCUGGCCAACGAGUAUGGCUCCCUGCCUGACAUGGGGCCUGCCGAUUGCCCGUUUCUGAUGAGCGUGUCCCACGCGACGGACAGCUUCUCUGCCCCCGAGCAGUGCACGGGAAUGGGAUCUGGGUGUGUGGCUGCUGGCUGCAUCGCAGCAGUGAGGCCGGAGUUCUAUAAGUUCCCAAGUAGGUCGACGCUGUGCGACGUGAUCUUCUUUCUCAUCAACAUGCUUGCAGCGCCACUGCAGCCGCAGAUGGUGCAGCGGUGCUACAUGGCCUCCAGCGACGCCAGCUUGCGCCUGGUGAUGGCCGCGAUGCUCGUGGCGCCCUUCCUUUCACAGCCGCCAGGCAUCAUCAUGGGCCUCACCAAGAGUGCCUACGACCCUGCUUGGCCCUUGGUGGACAGGCAGGCGUCGGCCUUUUCAGCGGUGACUGGGCAACUGAAGAUGGCCGGACCGAUCCAAUACUUUCUCGUGUCUGUCAUGACAUGCUCAACCCUGGCGGCGAUCAUGUCAACUGCAGAUUCCGCACUGAUGGGAGCUUCAAGUGUGGUCUCAAUGGAUGUCAUCAAGGGGACGCUUUGCAAAUCAUUAUCAACCAAGAAUGUGGUGAGGGCUGGAGAACUGACCUCCUUCAUUGUCUGCGCUCUCUCUUUCGCUCUUGCCAUGCUGUUGAGCAGCGACCAAAUGGCCAAGAUCUUUGUUUUCCAGAAUGGCAUGCUCAUGCAGAUGCUCCCGGCCUUCGGUUUUGGGCUCUAUUUGAACAUUGCAGAGCGUGCAGUCACUGGAGGAAUUGCUGCUGGUUUUGCCUCCCUCGUGAUUUUGUUCGUUGCCGGCAAUCCGCUUGAUGAUUAUGUCCCUUCUAUCAAUGUCUCGGUAUUCUUCAACUUCCUGUUUGUGGCACUGGUACAAGUGUUUGUACCGGGUAUCACCAAAGGACAGCUAACAGUCGAAAGAAUUCAAAAGACUAUGUCAAGCUCGCGAGAGCCUAGCAUUGCCCUGCCGGCCUUGAUGAUCGGGCUUGCUCUGGUUUCAGCCCCUUGGUACGGGAGAGCAGGAGAGCAGGAGCCCAUCAUCUUGGGGUCGCCUCGUUGGGGCAUCAUCCAAAUGCUGUUCUUCGUGGCGAUCUUUGGUCUCGGCGUCGUGGCGUGUGUGCGUUGGAGGGUCCCCAGUGAUUCGUGUGACCUGGAUGUGCACGGCGUGGGGCCCAAAGAGGAGCCCGUCGCACCCGAGAGGGACAAGGUGUAAGAGAAAUUCCCUUUGGCUAUGUUUAAUUGGGAUCCUGGAUGGUGGACACAAAGUCUCCAUGGAUGUCCAAGGGUCCCCAAUUAAGUCAAAUAAAUAUCCGUUUGCAAAAAUAGAAUUCUGCCCGGCUGAAUUUCCGGACAGAUGGAAGUCUCGUCGACUCUCAAGACU